CCGAAGCCAUCCAUGUAUGACUAUGACCCAACCAAUCAAAUAGCCCAACCACCGUUUCACUUCACUAUAUAUAUUUCCUCUCCUAACCUCUCUCUCCACUCUUCAAAAUAAAUCAACAACAAAAUCUUAUCUUAGCUACCACAAUUCUAUUAUCUACCAUAUCCUAUUACCAAUCACACACAUGGGAGAGCAAAAGAAUGAAACCGUUAAGAAAGCUGACGAAGGAACAAAGAAAGACGACAGUCCUGUUCCUGUCGUUUACAAACUCGACUUACAUUGUGAAGGAUGCAUUAAAAAAAUUAAACGAACCGUUCGUCAUUUCGCUGGUGUUGAAUCCGUUAAAGCAGAUCUACCUUCAAACAAAGUGACCGUUACCGGUAAAUUUGACGCCGUCAAAUUACAAGAGAAACUGGUUGAGAAAUCUAAGAAGAAAGUUGAACUCCUAACACCGCCACCAAAAAAAGACGGCCCCGCCGCUGAGAAACCGGCAGAGAAGAAAUCCGACGAGAAAAAACCUGAAGAGAAGAAAGCUGAAGAGAAAAAACCUGAAGAAAAAAAGCCUAAAGAGAGUACGGUGGUUUUGAAGAUCAGAUUGCACUGUGACGGUUGCAUUACGAAAAUUAAAAAAAUCAUUAUGAAGUUCAAAGGGGUUGAAACGGUGAAAUUUGACGGAGACAAGGAUUUAGUAACAGUGAAAGGAACAAUGGAACCGAAGGAUUUGAUAGAGUAUCUGAAAGAGAAACUGAAGAGAAACGUUGAUAUGGUUCCACCGAAGAAAGAAGAAGAGAAGAAAGAAAAAGAAGGUGGUGGAGAAAAGAAAGAGAAAGACGGUGGAGGUGAAAAGAAAGAGAAAAAAGAUGGUGAGAAGAAAGUGGACGGUGGAGAUCAAGCGAAGGUGGAAGUUAAUAAAAUGGAGUAUCAGUACCCGAUGCAGUCUCCAAUGUAUUGGUAUGAGGGACAAAGUAGUAAUUAUGCUAUGGAUCAGUAUCAACCUGGGUAUGGUGGUGGUGAUCAUCAUUAUGAUCAACAACAACAACAUUAUAUGAUGAAUAAUAAUCAUGGUGGUGGUUAUCCUAUGCAGCCACCUCAAGUACCGUAUUACAUGCACCCUAGUCAUCCUCCACCACAGAUGUUCAGUGACGAGAAUCCCAACGCCUGUUCGCUUAUGUGAUGAAUGAGAAUGAUAUGCUGAUUUUUCAGAAGUUUUUUGAUCUUAGUGUAUUCACGUACACACGGACACAAUACGUACGCAUGGUGUAAUUUGUAUAUAAGUAUAUAGUAUUAAUUCGAGAGAUAAUUCUGUAUUAUCAAUUUUAUUAUUAACAUAUGCUAUAGAGAAUUUUUAUGAUA